ACACCGCCGCGAGAUGGCAGCAGUGUGACGUCACGAAGGCUUUCAGCCCAGGAAGAAGAAAAAAGGCGGAAGUUGGCGCCUUCCAGCGGAGACAAAAGACAAAGAACAACCAAGACGAAGUUUGAGUUUAAAAACAUUCAAAAUGCUGAAAGAGUUGGUGAAGGAGCGACUCAUGGCGGCGGCAGAUGAAAUAUUCGCGCUGUUUGAAAGAACCAUCGCGUCGUACGAGGAGGAACUUUCUAGAACAAAAGAGGAGAAGGCAGUUCACGACGAAGAUGUCCGACAGCUGAUUGAUCGUCAAGAAAAACGUCGCCCGCGGUCGAGAAUCUCUACUUUAAAUGACGAGGAUCCACAGCCCCCCCGCAUUAAAGAGGAAGAGUUCUUGACCCCUCAGUGGGGAGACUGUCUUCCUGUCUUGAGGGAGGCCGAGCUCACCAAGUUGCAACUGACUGUGGUCUCCAUGAAAACUGAAGACCCUGAAGACAAACCGCCCGAGUUUCAUCACAGUCCGUGUGAGGAGAUCAAAGGGGCGGAGCCUCCAAGCACCAGCUCACUUCCACACAUGACAACAGACCUGAGUGGAGCUCCGCUGUCAGACAAUGACGACACAACAUCACACUUUCCUGAGGAUGAAGAACCUUUGAGCAGCGACACAGACUGUGAAGGUGACAUCGGGACUCAAACCGACAAGCAACACUCCGAAUGCUCUGAAGAGACCGGUAAAAAAUGUUUCUACUGCUCGUUUUGUGCUAAAGAAUUCCCGAUGAUGUCCGGUUUGACUCAACACAUGAGAACGCACACCGGAGAAAAGCCUUUUAGUUGCUCAGUUUGCAGCAGUACAUUUUCUCACAGGUUCGCUUUACAACGACACAAGGGGACGCACGCAGGAGAAAAACCUUUCAGUUGCUUCGUUUGCCACAACCGGUUCACUCAAAAGGACACGUUGGUGAAACACAUGCGCACGCACACCGGAGAAAAACCCUUUGGAUGUUCAGUUUGCGACAACAGAUUUACUCAAAAGGCAACGCUGGUGAAGCACAUGCAGACGCACACAGGAGAGAAACCCUUCUGUUGUACGGUCUGCGGUAAAAGAUUCACCCGGAAGGCAACCUGGGUGUCGCACAGGAGGACGCACACAGGAGAAAAACCUUUUAGCUGUUUAGUGUGCACGAGCACGUUUUCUCAAAAGUCCGCUUUGAAGAUACACAUGAGGACGCACACGGGAGAAAAACCGUUCAGUUGUUCAGUCUGCGGCAGUAGGUUCUCUCACAGGUCGGCUUUGAAAAUACACGCAAGGACACACACGGGAGAAAAACCUUUUAGCUGUCUGGAUUGCAGUAGUACGUUUUCUCACAGGUCUACUUUAAAAAUUCACAUGAGGACACACAAGAGGGAGAAAAAGUCUUAGUCGCCCAUAGCUUUUAUCUUGAAAACGGCUUAAUAACGCAGCUUAAAAAAACAACAACAUAUAUACAAGGGUUAGUAAACAAUUUCAAACAUAAUUUGUACUAAAAGAUUCAAGAAAGAACAAAAAGAAACAAGCAGCGUUGGUCGGGUCCGCCGUUGGCCGCCGCCGCCGUGUCCCGAGUCCCGAUCUUAGUCAGACCUACAUAGAAGUUUUUGUUUCAUCACUCUACGACAUUCCUAACAGAAUUUACAAGCAGUUUUGUCAGUUUUUUUUCUUAGGGGGCGCUAGAACCCAAUUGUCAUUGUUGGGGUUUGUUUUUUUAUUGGAUGGCAAUUUUCACCAGUCCUGAUAUGUGUGUAAAAUUUGGUGAGUUUUGAAGCAUGUUAAGGGGGUCAAAUUACAGAUUGGCCUUUCUGGAUGUUGUUGAUAAAUGGCUUUCGCUUGGCAUAGUAUAGCUUUAACUUGCACUUUGAAGCAUUUUAAGGGGGCCAAAUAUCAGUUCAAAGAGGCAAAAAAGGCAUUUUUUGCAAAUAUUUUGUUUUGAAGGGGUUUUUGCGAACUUCCUGUUGAUUUUAGGUAUAGAAGUGUUUUAUGAAAUGUAGGUCUAAGUCAGACCUACAUAAAGGUUUUUGUUUCAUGUCUCUACGACAUUCCUAACGGAAGUUACAAGCAGUUUUGUCUGGGUUUUUUCCUAGGGGGCGCUGGAGCGCAAUUUUGCAGCAGUUCAGUAUUCAGUAGUCUGCACGAUACAAGUCAAGGCAGAUGGCCGCCCUGCCGCAACUUUUUGUUACAAUUUUCUUUUCCAAUUCUUCCUCUUGUAGGGUUUUCUUUCCUUAAAUUCUGUCAAGUUUGGUCGGAACUUUUACAAACCACACACCAGAAAUCAACCAAAAGAUGUAUUAAAAGUAAUUGUGUGAUUGUUGUUUAGCAGACAUAUCAUAUGCAAGUAAACACAACUGUUUGUGUUAUUUUGUGUACUUUGUACUCUGUGCUAAGAUGUUUUAUUAUAUUCUUAGUAGCUAACGUCGUUUUCUGUAUACAAAACUGUUUUUCAUCUCAAAUAAAUCGGUUUGAUGUUAAAAGACUUUUAUUUUUGAAAGAUUCUAUUCAACCGUGUGUUACUUGCAGUAAAUUGGUUUCUUUUUGCUGCUCACACUUCAUUUGUUUGAGUAUUCCGACCUUGUCUCUCCCAGACAGCCCGUACUCAGUUGUAGUGCACUUUUCCACCACUUGUGGCAGUCAUGACAUCAUCAAAUACACAGAAAUAGUCUAGAGCUGAAGUUUCCUUAAGCGCAAAAAAUAUGACUAAAGGGGUGAAUCUGUAUUUUCAUACGCGUUGCAAUUGUGUUGAAAGUUGUGUUAAUAAAGAAACGUGUGUCUGUGUGAAACUCACCCAUUAAAGGCAGUGGGCGGGGCUAACCGAA